AUGUUGGAUUUGGAUCAAGAAAUUGAUGAACCUAACAAAAAGUUACCUAAAAAAGGCAUUAUAUAUUUGUCUACAAUACCGCCAUAUGUAAACGUAACUAAAAUUAGAGAAAUAUUUUCGGAAUAUGGCACCGUCGGCAGAGUCUACCUACAGUUGGAAGACAAAGAGCCAAAAAUCGCCCAGCAGAAAUCCAAAAAACGUACAAUUGCGAAAAAGUUCACCGAGGGAUGGAUUGAAUUUGAACGCAAAAGUGUAGCGAAGAAAGUGGCCGCCAUGCUAAACAAUACUCAAGUCAGCAACAGAAAAAAAUCCAAACAAUUCGAUUACAUUUGGAACAUAAAAUACUUGUCUAACUUUAAAUGGGUUCAUUUACACGAAAGGUUGGCAUACGAAAAGGCGGCACGUAGGCAAAAACUGAGAGCCGAAAUUCAAUUGGCGAAAAAGAAAACCAACUUCUUUACGUCGAACUUGAGUAAGAGCAAGAAGAAGCUGCCCGUUUCCGCUAGCGAUUUUAAAUUUAAACGUAAACCGACAAGUGAGGCGUCUGAAAAUAUUGAAGACAGGAAAGAAUUUUUAAGCUCUUUGUUUAAUUAA